AUGGAUCACUCGAGAGAUCCCUGUCCCUGGGUUGCCUUGAGCGACUUUGGUGGUGCUUUCUGUAUGGGUGCUAUUGGUGGUGCUGUCUGGCACGGUGUGAAGGGUUUCCGCAACAGCCCCUAUGGUGAGCGCCGGAUAGGUGCGAUCACAGCCAUCAAGGCUCGCGCUCCUGUUCUGGGCGGAAACUUUGGUGUCUGGGGUGGUCUGUUUUCGACCUUCGACUGUGCUAUCAAGGGUAUCCGCAAGAAGGAGGAUCCUUACAAUGCUAUUAUCGCUGGUUUCUUUACUGGUGGCUCCCUGGCUGUCCGUGGUGGUGUCAAGGCUGCCCGCAACUCGGCUAUUAUGUGUGCCGUCUUCUUGGCGGUGAUCGAGGGUGUUGGUAUCGGGUUCCAGAGAAUGAUGGCGGAUAACACAAAACUCGAGCUUCCCCCGCCUCCUCCCUCCGAGCAGAAGGCCAUUGCUUAA